AAGCUGGAUUCCCUAGACUUAAAGGUGGGAGGCUGGCAAGGUCGGAGCCUGAGUUGGGCGCUGCCCCUUUAAGAGCUCCUCUUGCCUUGAUCUUCCUGCUGGGAGCUGGGAAGGUGCUGCCGCGGCGAGGAGGAGGCGGCGAGGCCAGAGUUGGCCCUAGGAGAUCAGACCCGGGAUUGAGGAAGGCAGGAUCUCACCCUCUUUGCGGCUGCUGCGAGCAACGGUAUGGCGUCCCCCUGGGGCACUCGGAGUCCUCUUCAGGCCAGGCGAGGGGAUCUUCCUCAAGCCAACCACGCGGCGCCCUAAGGAGUAAGGAGCCAAGGCGCGGACUUGGCGCUUCUGCCUGGCGCAACCGAUCCCGCCAUGGGAGCGCAAGUCUCGAGCGCAAGGGGGAUCUGAAGUGCCUCGCGAGCGGAUCGAGCCUGGGAUCGCCGCGGGAUCCGGGCCGCCACCUGUUGCUCGGAGCGCACAGCCUGCCUCGCCGCGCGUCCGGGAGGGGGGGGGGCGGCGGCGGCGGCGGCUGCGUCUCCUGCUCUCCAAGCGGCGCUGCUCCUCCAGUUGCGCCUCUCCGGGAAAAUGGAGAGCGACGGACUUUCCAGCGCGGACCAGAAGCUGAUCCGAGAGAGCUGGGAGAAAGUGAACAGCAGCCCCAUCGAGCACGGCUUGGUCUUGUUUACCAGGCUUUUUGAUUUGGACCCUGACCUCUUGCCCCUUUUCCAGUACAACUGCAGGAAGUUCUCUACUCCUCAGGAGUGCCUCUCAUCACCUGAGUUCCUGGAACACAUUAGAAAGGUAAUGCUGGUAAUAGAUGCAGCCGUGACUCAUUUGGAGAACUUGCAGUGCCUGGAAGAAUACCUUGCCAACCUGGGUAAGAAACACCAGGCAGUUGGUGUGAAGGUGGAGUCUUUUUCGGCUGUGGGCGAAUCCUUGCUGUAUAUGCUGGAAAAAUGCCACGGCCCCGCUUUCAAUGUGAAUGUGCGUGAGGCCUGGACCAAGCUGUACAGCAUUGUGGUAAAAGCCAUGAGCUGCGGCUGGGAUGUUCCCAGAAAAGUGGAAUAAACCUGGACCCAGGAUGCUUGAGUGGGAACAGCUACGAGGAGAAAGCAAGCUUGCCUUUCUAGCUCUGUGUAUUUCAGAGUAAUCUCAACAUUUCUGUCUCUCUUUCUCGUUUUACUCUUGCAUUCCCCAUCUUUCUUGUGGUAAUGUGAUGACGCUCCCCUAUUUCAGUGUUGCAGUUCCACGUAUCUGUUUGCAGGGGGCAAAAGAGAGCCAAGCAGGAAUUAAAAGCUGAAAUGCCAACUGCAGCUAGCGGCUUUCCUUCCAAAAGGCAUGUUAUCAUUCUCUUUAUUUCCCCAUUGCCUUUCGAAGAGUAAUUACAAAGAUUUCUUAGCACAGAAGGAUGAUUGUACUAGCUUUCCCCCCUUGAGAUUGUGAGCCUGCGAUUGUUUCAGUGAAGCUAAGCAGGAGUGUGUGCAUUUCCUUGGGAUUAUCCAAGCAGUGUAGCUUCCCCCUGCCUUUUAAAGUGGGGUAAUUCUACAGCAAGGCUCCUGUUUGUAUGCCUGAGCUGCUAGAUGGUUGGAUUUUGAAAUGCUUGGCCACAAGUUAGAACUUGAAAGCCAGUGGGAAUGCAGCAGCUGCCAGUUCCGUGAGCAUGUGGAAAUAAAAUCUUGUAGUGAAAUUAGUGACAGAUGCGGCUUUUAUCCUGGGGAAAGCUUCCAAAAUUCAUCCUGGAUUCUGGCCAAAGGAGAGUCUGUAGAAUAAAAUCCAUUUCUGGGCAACUGUUUGCUGCCAUUCCUCCCCUCCUCACGCAUUUCUGGUACAGCCUUCCAGGUGCUUGACAGAAUCCUCCUUUGCUCUUUGCCCAAAUCUUAAUGAAAGCAACUUAGUUCUUGGGGUUGUUUUGGAACCCAUCUGGGGGUGGGAGUAGGAAACCUAGACAAGAAAAAUUUUGGUGUGGUGGAUGAACAUUUAAAACUCCCCGCCCCUUGCUUUUCAAUCUAGGUGCAGAUAAGGCCCCUAGGAAAACUUGAGGUGGGCCAGGGGUGGUCUGGUUGUAUCGAGAGGAGGCAGAGGGGGUGUGCAUUGUCCUGGUAUGGACAGUUCUUCUUCAUGACUGACAGGGGUUGUUGUGGUUCAUGUAAUCUGCUAUCUUAUAGGUGGCCUAGGAAAACUGAUUAGGCAGUGUGAAUGGUCCCACUGUCACCAUUGGUAGAGAACGACCAGUGGUUGACACUGGGCCCCUGAAAGGUAGCUAAAGUUCACCUAAAACAGUUUAGCAGGCCCAACUGUCUAGGCCUGGGAGCCCUAAUUAGGCCCAUGGCUGGAGCUCCCUGUCCCAGUAGAACUAGUGACAAGCAAUUUACUGGGCCUCUGGGAAGCCAUUUUUUUGCUUGUGCUUUACGCAUGACCAACAGACCAAAUGCAAGUCCUACCCAGUCAUAUCUUGUGAUUUAUAUACGAUAUGUGAGCUUCCAUACGAAGUGCCAACAACUGCCCACUCGUGAUCGUGAAUUUGGUUCACGUAUGAGGGGAACCCGUUGUGUGUCAAAGCUUAGUUCAGAGAUGUGUUUGAGUUUGUUGCAGUGUUUGUCGGGAGGUGCAUGCCUUUUUCUGUUUUGUGAGCAAUUUCUUUUUCUGAGUUUUCCAUCAUGUCUCUAUAUUUAAAUUCCAAAGCAGCCUAGGGACAGCUAUUUUGAAACGUGCUGAGAGCUGCACAAAAGGGGCAAUGCCAGCAGGGAUGGCUGGUGCCCAUUGGGCCAGAAAGCAGAGAGGCCCAACUGUAGGCGGAGCCAAUAAUUCUAGGUUUCCCCCCUCUCAUUCUAGUUCUUCCCUAGGUGUUGAGCACUAGCCUAGUGGGAUCAAACCUUCUCAAUGUUUUUAUUUUUGGGGGGAGGGUGUGUAUUGAAAGUGACAUAUUUUGUAUACUCACAACCCAGGUGGGGAGGAUACAGAGGCUCUAGUUCCUCUGAUAAUUUAUCCCUUCUUCCUCCCUGCUCAAAUACCCCAAUCUCAGGAGGACACUUUCAAACAGCUCUAGGUUUGUGGAAGAUCAGAUUCCUUUGUUAUCCCUCACCCUAAACUUAUUGUGAAUGAUGGUGGUGGCGAGAGUGCUAAUAGCUGGAUAAAACUUAAAAUUCCUAGAGGCAAACAGAAAGUUGCUUCACGGAAGUAGCAAUUGAGAAAAAAAAUAUUAAUGACCCAGACAUGGUCACAUUCUUCCUGCACAAAUGUAAGAACUGCGUUUAAAUGCACUGAUUUCAUGCUGUCUAGAAAAGAGAACCUGAAUCCUCAAACUAAGGUUUUUGAAAUUAUUUGCAGAGCUUUGUAUUAAACAAUUGUGUGUCCCAUGACGUUAUAUAACUGCAAGCUGGUCUUACAACCAUUGUGACUGAGGCCUAGUUCUCUGAAGCAGCAGGGGAUAAGCCUAUUUCUGGGUUCCACUGCUUCAGACUCCGGCAGGGAGGGUAGACUUAUGAAAUGGUUCUCCAUACAAAAACAUUUGCUGCACCUAGAAAAUUAAAUGCCAAGGAGAAAGGGGAUAGCUUACCCCAACCCCAUGCGUAUUAAGCUGGGCACUUUGUAAGCUUUUCACAGCUCUCUUCACGUUUUGUGUGUGCCAUAUUUUGUUGCAUUCCAAAAGAAAUAAAAAACAUGGUGUUGCUGUAUCUCA